CGCAGGCUGCAUGCACUCGUCGGCUGGCAGGCACUCGCAGGCUUCCCGACGAUGACUGCGCUGCUUGAGCACAUCAACCUCAACAUCCUCGACGAGCCGACGGCACGCGAGUUUUACGUCUCCUGCCUCGGCGCCGUCGUGAAUGAGCCGACGACGAACGAGCGGCAGCUUCACGUCAACAUGGGAGCGACGCAGUUCCACCUGCUGCGCAAGUAUGGUAAGGCGGAGGGUGUCACACCGGUGACCGCGGCGCAGCGCUGGGCGGGCGAGAUCGAGCUGUGGACGUCGGAGCGGCUCGACGCGAUUGCCGACCGGCUCACGCGGCACAAGCUGCGUGGCCAUGUGCGAGAUGGCGCGAGCGACGUCCUGCGAGUCCGCUGCCCGUACGGCAACGCCUUUGUGAUUCGGCACGAGGCGCCCGGAAGCUGCGAUGGCUGGGGGUGCCACCCCUCCGGCAGCGGUGCUCUGACGCGUCUGGUCCGCGCCGUGCACGAUGUGCGCCCCGGCGCCGCCGCGCGGCUUGCGCACUUCUGGAAGGAGACGCUGGGCGGCGAGGCGUGCGAGCUUCAGCCUUCAGGCACGCCGCCUCUGUGGUGCGAGGGCGGCGUUGCCGGCGGGGCGGGGAGUGGCGAAGACACCGCCGGCUUGCAGCAGUGCGUGGUUCGUUUCGGCGCCGCGCCGCAGCAACUCGUGUUCGCCGAGAGGCGCUCAGCGCCGCCUCCAGACGAGUAUGAGCGGAACGAGGCGGCAGCGUACCACAUCUGUGUCUACCUCGAGACGGCGGAGCGCUUUGCCGCAUGUUUCCGCGCUUGCGAGGCGGCAGGGCUGCUCUACGCCAACGAGAGGCUGCUCUACGCCAACCCGGCCUACGCGCGCAGCCCGCCCGAGUUUGGCAACGCGAUGGCGUGGGAGGAGGUGCAGGCGUGCGGCCAGUUCCGCAUCAAGGAGCUCGGAGGCUCUACCGGCGAGCCAGCGGCGCCCAGAGCUCUACCCAGAGCAGGCGGGCGCUCGUCCUCGAGGUGGAGGUUCGCUCGCCCCACCACGUGUCGUGCCCGAUCGGCAAGCGGCCGCGGUAGCUCUGGGAGUGGACGGGUGACGGCUCUCUCGGUCUCGCCCGUACACUCAUGCUGCACCAGGCUGUAGGGUGUACGUGCAGCGUGUACCGUGUACACUUCUUGACACACUGGGGCCGCCAGCUCUACCGUGUGCCCCUCGGUCCUCCUCGCGGUACGCGGUCUCUCUUCGACGCUAUUCGCAUAUAUAUUUCUUUUUGUAUGUAUGUACAAAGUCACGAAUGAGU